UUGUUUACUCUUUGUAAUUUAGUGAUAGUCACAGUUUAGUCACAGUGUAAUACAUACAGUCACGUCCCUCUCUGGUAUAAAAGUUGUAACAGUUUGACAGCUGGAGCAGCACUAGCGCUCUAAGUGGCGUCAGUGAAUUACGAACAGACAUGAAUUACCGUGAAAUACGUGUAAAAACAGCCGAAUCACACUGAUCAACGACAUAAGCUGCAACUUAUUCAUAAAGAAAUACUUCCCAGUAUUUGUAUAUUUGAAGUUUAUUCUCCUGAAAACGAGAGACUAUAAACACAUAUUUCAUGCAUGAGAAGCUUUGUCAAAACUUUAUGUGCUGUACUCGCAAAAAGCACUUUAUCAUGAAAGUUGAAUGUGGCGGCAACAGAGGCGGCCGUGGCCCAGUGGCGGCAACAUUCAUUAUCUUUGGGCUGACUUAGUAAACAAAGAUGAGUGGUAAAGUGGACUGGUUUGAGUACGUAGAAGGAAGAAAGACUGCGAAGGUUUGUGUAUAUAUAUGAUUUGGUAGUGUUAGUUAUGACGACAAUCGCCCAUCAGUUCUCAGAACUGUACGAGUCGUACAGGCAAUGGGUUUGCAACAAUCCACAAGUCGCAGGUGAUGUUGAAUCGACUGUCAAAUGGGUUUCCUAUUUUGUAGCAGGCAGAAUCAGCCACUCCAGUGUACUUUCUGAACUGAUAUACUCUGUGUCGAACUUACUGGUGCUUUUCAAUGACCGUAUCAUUCAUAAUUCGACAUGUAAGAUUAAAGGGGGACCUGCAGACAGGUUGAAGAUAUGGCUGACAGUCAUAGAAUAUUCAGAGGUUUUUAUUGAAGUAGCGGCAAGACGCCGUUAUGGAUCAAGAGGAAAAUGGACAGUGGCUGUCAUUCUGCAGCUUAUAAAAUGUGCUGCUAAACUGCAUCUCCUCUUUAAUUAUAAAGAACAUGUGAUACAAAAUCCACCAGUUCCUCCUGUAAGACGUAAAACCAUUGAAGAGGAGAAAAUUAGGAAAGAAGAAAAGUGGAAACUGGAGUCAAUGUCUUUUGCUCUGAAAAGGUCAGGGAGGCUUAUAAGGAAGGUUCAGGGCGCUCCUCCAAUUCAUUUGAGAGACUGGAAGCCACUUAAAUCAGUGCCAGAGAAUGGGAUAUAUGAACAGAAUAGCCACAGUAUUAGAGAAGUUCUGAAGAAGGAGACAAUAAUAGCGGAGGUUGUGUAUAUUGUUAAGCCUCUGUUGCAUCUUUACGCAAUGUGGCGCCAUGGGCCCAAAUCCUGGAAACCAUGGCUCAUUUCACUGCUUGUUGAUGUUGUCAGCUUGUGUGCAUACAGGAAGACAGUGCACAAACUUACAAGACAGCAGCGCAUGGAGGUGUCACGCCGUGCCUUUGCUCUCGUCCUGUACAUACUACGCUCACCUUUUUAUGAGGCUCACAGCCGGGAUCGUAUACAAUCUUUCCUGCAUGCAAUGUCGGAGACAGUUCCCUUGACAGGCAUCUUGUGCAGACCUCUUGCACAGUACCUUCCUGUUUGGCAGGAUACAUAUUUCUAUGUGUGGUCCUCAUAGGUGGUGUUUCUUGUGGUGCACCUGUGAUCUUAUUUUGUGUGAUUAUUUCAGACUGUAUGUGGUGGGUAUUGUUACGGGAUAUUAUGGGCUCUUACUAAUAAGCCAGUGAGUGAUUGUGAAUGUACAUCGCACUGCAAAAAGUUAUUUGUUUUAUACUAUCUUUUAUAAUAGAUAUACAUUUAGCAACAAUUCAGUAGAAAGAUCUAAAGUAACUAUAUAGACUGUUACUAGUUUAAAGACCAUUACUACUUAAAUUGCUCAACUGUGAUAAGUAUAAACCCCAGACAUUUAUUUGUUGAGCAUAUUUCUUUUUCUACUGUCAUUCUGACCAUUUUUAUUUUGUAGUCCAAAUUUGUAAUAAGGAAUAAAUAAAAGUGUAAGAACUA